AUGCCUUAUCAAGCCUUUUCCGAGACAGGUGAUACUGUUGUUAACAUGGAGGAUGAGGAAGGAGUUAACGAGAAUAGCCCUUUGUAUCCCUUUGGCGUUCCUGUUAUUUUAUUGAAUGUUAAAUCUCAAAUGGCAUUUGUUCGUAAAGUUUCUAUGAUCUUUGCAUUGCAACUUAUAGUCACUAUAGCAUUUACAGGUUUAUUAUUAUAUCAGUAUCAUUGGAGACAUUUUAUUCAAAGAUUUGAUUGGUGUUAUCCAAUACUCCCAGUUUUAUCACUUAUUUUGUUGGUUGGAAUUACAUGGAAAUCAAAUGAUAGUUUUCAACCGCCUUGGUAUUUAGUUGUUUUAUACACUCUACUUAAUGCUGUUAUUAUUGCUGCUCCUAAUUUAAAAGUAAAGCAACAAUUGAUUGCAAUAACCACUUUGGUUUUACAUCCAUGGUUUUUUACAUUUUGGGAUGCUAUACCAGCAGUUAUUUUCUCGACUUUAUUAUCACUCUUUGUUAUAUUGGAUAAUUGGUAUAUGUUGAAAACAAUGAGUAAGGGUGAUUAUAUGGCUGCCAGUAUGCAAACCUACUUGGAUUUAAUAGUACCAUUUAGAAAUUCUUGA